AUGGUGAACUGGAAAGUCGGCGAUGCUAAUCUGCGCUUGAUGGCUGCCAUUCUCGCUGUCCAUUCUAUCAAGGUCGACCUGAACGCAGUGGCUCUCGCUUAUGGACACGGAGCAACUUCCCGCGCCAUUGGACACCAAAUAAGCCACGUCCGCGAGCUAUCCAAGGUUCUGAACCAGGAAGUUCAGAACAGUGGAGUGACCAAAGCACCACGGGGAUCCGAGCAAGACGCGUCAUCUGCACCUCAGACCCCUCGGGCCAAAGCUACGCGAUUUGGUGGCACCAGGGCAUCAGGCACUGGGAAGGGAAAGCGCAAGCGCGACGCAAUCGACGAUACUACAGAGCGGCUUAUAAACCCGAUUCGCGGCAGCAGAGUUAACACUGAACAAGACGGCGAAAUCCCGGAUAUGGCCGAAGUACAAGAGGAGACACCAUCGAAACGUGCUCGCAAACCAGCUCGUCACCUCGGUAUGGUCGCCAACAAGGGCAGCGGCGCUGAGGAUGAUGGCGGGCUGGGAAAUCCAUCCGCAGACCUAGGGUAUGCCGCUGAUGAUUCUUCUUUUGUCGACUAUGAAGGGAAUGCUGGCGAAUUUGUGCUCCCAGAGAGUUAUUGA